AUGCUGAACUACAAAACGUUGGUGAACGCUGCGGCGCUGCUAGCCUUAAUGGGUGGUUCGAGUGGAACGCCGAUGAAGAUGGGGCUUACGGCAGCCCAGCCUUCGACUCCGGCGUCGGAUCCGGCAAAGGCGAAAUACUCCGUUUCGGUCUUCGGCAUCGGGGACUGGGGAGCGACAUUAUACAAGGGCUCGUGCUGUGGUAGCAAUUCCACGAACUACGAUCUCAAUUCUCAGGAAGUUGUGGCGAGCUUGAUGAACAUGGAAGCUGGAGCUUCCAUGGUACCCGAGGCCAUUCUUGCUCAUGGCGACAACUUCUACUGGAAUGGCAUCAACUAUCUCGGUGAACGUGAUAGCCGAUUUGCCGCGUCAUUUGAGGCCAAAUACGAUGGAGACAACAUCAAGAAUGUCCCCUGGGUGGCUGUCAUGGGCAACCAUGACUACGGCGGUUCUGAUUACAUCUGCAGCAGUGGCGAUAAGCUCGUUCCGUGCAACAACACGGCGGAGUUGUAUCAAGGACUCGAGAACAAGCUCAAGUGGCAAUCUGAGAUCCUGCCACGGGUGUGA